GGGGGGGGGGAAGAGAUUCGGCGUUUCUUCUCCACAUUUUAAGCACGUUUUUACGGCCAAAAAGCUCGCACGCGUCCGCUCGGGUGCAGUAUUCGCCUCGCUCGUUGAAGGAAGUCGCGGAGUUUGAUUGCUUUUCGUCGGAGGAAGCGUUGCGGUCUUUGUUCAUUCAUUUCAUCGCUCGAGGUUCCUUUGUUGGACCGCAAGGAAGGGAAGAAAAAAAAAAAAAAGCAUGGGUGCACAAAUCUCCAAAGGAAAGGAGGAAGCUGCGGUGGAGAAGCCCGGCGAGGCUGCAGCGGUGGCGGCUAAGACUAAUGGACAGGAGAACGGCCACGCCAAGACCAAUGGCGACGCCUCCCCGGGUGCGGAGGACGCCGACAAGGUUGAAGCUAACGGAAGCACCCCCACUGAGGAGGCGCCCAAGGAGGAUGGCGAGGAGGCUGAGAAGGAGGCCGCCGCUGUAAACGGCGAGGCCAAGCCGGAGGAGGGCGCCGUCGGCGAGGACGUCAAGCAAAAGAAGAAGCGUUUCUCCUUCAAAAAGCCCUCCUUCAAGCUGAGCGGCUUCUCCUUCAAGAAGACCAAGAAGGAGUCCGAGGAGGCCGCCGAGGAAGGAGCUGCCGCCGCCGAGGGGGAGGGCGCUGCGACCGAGGAGGCCGCCGCAAGCAGCGAGGAGGCCAAGCCCGCCGAGGCUGCCCCCGCCGCCGCCGCAGAGGAGGCUCCUGCACCCGAGGAGCCGAAAGCUGAAGAAGAGGCGAAGCCAGUGGAGGAGGCGGCAGCUGCAGCACCAGCAGGUGAGGAGAAACCAGCCGAGGCGUCCUCACCGGCGGAGCCAGAGGCCGCCGCCGCCGCCAGUCCGGAGGCACCCGCUGCCGCCGCCGCCGCCGAGUAAUCCUACUGAAGGGAAGAGACGACGUCAUGAAGGAGGCCAUUGGAGCCCAUCUGAAGGAAUGCGAGGACUUGUCUGAAACCAGGGAUUUGUUUUCUUUUUUAUGUUGUUUACUUUUGUUUGCAUUUCAUCCACUGCAAGGUGGGCGGCGAGGCGGGUUCUUAGGGGGGCGCGCGUCCUCCUCUUUCCCCGUCCUCGCCGGUUCCUGCCGGCGUUUGUCGGGUGAGCGUGAAAGUGUGACUGAGUGUGAAUGCUACUUUUUUUUUUCUUUUUCUACAUGAAACCAUGACUGUGUUGAUGCUGACAUAUUUAAUUGAAGUAUUUGGUGCUGGGCUAAUUGUAUGUAGCAGUUGAAGCUGUGUCUGCAACAUUCCACACACUUAAGCUUUUUCGUGUGGUUUUUCUUCAAAAAGGGAAAGCCCUCAGCCAAGUCUUUAAAAAAAAAAAAAAAAGUUAAAAAAAAAGGUCUUUGCAGUGGACGCUCCUGUGGACACAAGCGCUCCUGAAGGAAGUAGAUGUAGUUUACCAUUCCGGUUUACAAAUAGGUGCUCGUCACUCCUCCCCCUCACCUUUCCCCCUAUAUUUAGAGUCCGACAUUUCAAAAGUUUCUGUAGUAAUGCACGUUGUAUAGACUUUGAUAUUACUGGUUUUAUGACUGAAAUGUACCUAAAUGACAUUUUUAACAGAUAAAACAAAACCCAUUGUAAAUGACUUGGUUUUUUUUCACCAUUUGUAAGAUUGAAUAAAAUUGGGAGAUGUUUUAAGCAGAAGCUGUGAUGACUACAACACUUCAUCUCGAGACUAGCGAGUACAGUACAUCGUCUUUUUUUCUUUCUUUUUUUUUGUAGAUUUAGACAUGUUUUUCUUUCUUUCUGUACAUAACGACAUCACUUGGAUAUGAAUGUAACAUUGGCUACAACAUGGUAUUGAGGUGUUUUCAGAUUCUGUGAGCACUGAAGAAUAAAGGAAAGUGUGAAUUGGCA